AUGGACGAAGGACUAGCUAAAGUGAUGCAAGCAAUGUCCAUUGAGGAGGAUUUACCGGUGACGCUGACGGAGGAUGAAGAUUUCAGUGCUGCAGUUCCCCUAUCGAAGGAAAGCUUUCAGUUCAUCAUCGAUCUUGAAACAGACCUCCAAACGGUGAUGAAACAUGGCUUUCGGACCUUUGAUGACUGGGGGAUGGUUAUGGAUCGCUGGAUGGAGUUCCCUCCAUCAGACUUCUUAAAGAAAGCAUCAGUGUGGAUUCGUCUACAUAAGCUACCGGUGAACUAUCUUACACUAAAAACCAUUAGGGCUGUCUCAAACCCAAUUGGUCAUGUGAAAGAUAUCGAGUUUGACCCGGAGAAACCUCAUCUCCAAGAGUACAUUAGAGUGAGGAUCAUUUUGGAUCUCCAACAGCCUGUGCGAGACACAAAGCUAUUGAAUCUACCUAAUGGAGGGAGUACUACGGUAGACGUGGAGUAUGAAAGGGUUCGAAAGAAAUGUUUUCACUGUCUCAGACUGUCACAUGAGAAACAGAGGUGUCCUCUUUAUCAAGGUCUCAAGAACAAAAGUGGGAAUGCAGGUGACAAAGGGAAAGGAAUUGCAAUAACCCCCCUGGUGCACCGUCAACACCACCCUGAGUUGGUGGGCACGCUAAUGCCACUCUUGUCUACACCAACAGCCCCUCCUGGCUUUGCACCGUGA